AUGGCGUAUCUAUUCGUAGCCAUUGAAUUGGAUGACGGAGCGCGUUUAGCGCGCAGAAAGUUCAGGCCACCAAGGUCGUUUCAAGACAGGACAGAUCCACUUGAUUUUUCGGAUGGCGACUUUUACCAGCGUUACCAGCGCAGUGUUGGCCCGUUUAAGUUAUCCAUUACUAAAACCAAUCGCCCAGACGAGAACAAAGGUCCAACAGACAUGAAAUUCGGGGUCAUCCUUACCCAAAUGUUUACUGGAUAUACAUUUAUGGACAUAUUGCCCUUUAGUUUCAAUGGUUCUGAAACAAACAAAUUCAGUUUGUUUUCCAUAACCCCUAUUAAACACUCAAAACAUUUAAUGGUGUCUGCAUUCAUCGAUCACAGAAUCAAUAAGGCCAUUCGAGUUAUCAGCAUAAUCAGAAGAGACAGUCUGCAGCCUCUUUACUGCAUCUACUGUAACAAUGACCAUAACUGCCAGACUGCUGAGGCUGAAGUCCAGAUACACGUUGACCAUUUUGGCUUUCCAUUUGGAGCCUCAGAUGUCCUGUGUCAUGGCGCACACACUCAGAGUGCAACACGUGUAGCCAUUUCAACCAGUGCAAACAUCUCAGAGAUUCAUAAUGAAGAUUUCUUGCCCAUCAAGAAUGAAAAGACCCAUGAAUCAUUUAUGUUCAAUUUCACUGUUUGUAUCUCCACCCUUUUUGAUAGCUACAAUAAUGUUCUGCAAUUUGCCCAAACAGUGGAGAUAUACAAACUUCUAGGUGUUCAACAUAUAGUUAUCUACAAUACGAGCUGUGGACCUGACCUGGAGAAACUCUUACAGCAUUAUAAGAGGGAAGGAAUUUUAGAGAUUGUUCCAUGGCCUAUUGACCAUUUCCUUAACCCAUCUAAAGGAUGGAACUUUGUGGAGCAUGGUGGAGACCUCCACUAUUAUGGUCAGUUGGUAACCCUCAAUGAGUGUAUUUAUAGAAACAUGUAUCAGUCCAAAUAUGUUCUUCUGAAUGACAUUGAUGAAAUCAUUAUGCCUUAUGAGCAUGCUAACCUUCCAUUACUGAUGGAGGAUCUUCAACAGCAGCACAAAGACAUGGGUGUGUUUUUCAUUGAGAGUCACUUUUUCCCCAAGACACAAUUUGAAGAGAGUGAUCGAUUCAGUCGGCCAGAAUGGAGAAAUAUACCCGGUGUUAAUAUUAUGGAACAUAUUUAUAGAGAACCAGAUAGAAAAGACUUAGACAACCCCAGAAAAAUGAUUAUCAAUCCAAGGACUGUAGUGCAAACAUCAGUGCACUACGUACCCCAAAAAUAUGGAGAUGUCUUUUUUGUGCCUUUUGAUGUAUGUCGAAUUGUUCAUGUAAGAUCACCACGACAAGGGACUCUUACCAAAGAUCAACUGGUUGUUGAUAAAAGGGUGUGGGACUUUGCCUCAGAACUCAUACCAAACAUUGAUAAGACUCUACAGGCAUCUGGUUUGAUGGAAAUUACAGAUUGA